CUAGAUUGUUCUCCACGCGUUCGCCGAAUCUGUCGGGAUCGCCCAGACGUUCCUGGACUUGCCCUGUUCCCUGGAAUUGCCCAUCCACCUCUCCAAUACCGAUAUCAGAUACAUAACUUCAAAUUGCGUGUCAACAUACACAGACCCGGCCCCACGGACUGUUUACUAGAAAUUGGCAUCAUCGCAGCCUGCAUAGCCGUUAUCCACGAUGCCGUCCAUCCAGAGCUUCCUGUCCCGUUACUUGCCCCACGAAGAACCCAAACCACCACCAAUCACCGCCGGGACCGCCGCGGUCUUGCUUGUCAUCUACACGCUGGUGUAUGUCUUACCCUUCUACCUGUCGGCCAUCACGCGGCCAUCCAGGUCUCUGUCCCGGGAUGCCCCGUCCGUCAUCCGGGCCCGCAUUACCUCCGUCACUCUGACCUGCGUCAUAUGUUCCGUCUCGACUUUUGUCAUCCUAACAUCCAAUGGAAACGCCUCUAACACAGACGCCCUUCACUCCAUGGGCUACUGGCCCUCCGGCCUGUUCGAGACAGCCAAGUCGCUCCUUCUGACGGCCGUGCUGUUUGUCGGCCCGCUGUACGAGACCAUUGUGGUCCACGAAGCUUGGCGUGACUUGAUUACUUUCCAGCCCAUUUCUGACCUGUUCAACGAAUGGACCACAUGGCGUAACAUUGUUGCUGGCCCUUUCACAGAGGAGGUUCUCUUUCGCUCCGCCGCCGUGCCUCUAAUGUUGCUGGCCCAGACCUCCGUGACCAAGACGAUCUUCAUGUCGCCCCUCAUAUUCGGCCUUGCUCAUCUGCACCAUUUCUACGAAUUCAGGCUCUCCCAGCCGCAGGUUCCCGUUUCGGCCGCCUUGUUACGCUCGCUGUUCCAGCUGACCUACACGUCGCUCUUUGGUGCAUAUGCAACCUUCCUGUUUUUGCGGACGGGCAGUCUGCUGGCCAUCUUCGUCGUGCACGCCUUCUGCAAUUGCAUGGGGUUCCCGCGAUUCUGGGGCCGAGUGGAGCCCUCCGGCGCAAGCUAUGGUGCUAGGUCUUCGGUCGCUUGGACUGUUGUUUACUACGUGCUGCUUGUCGUAGGAGCAGGUCUGUGGUGGAAGAAUCUUGGCGUGCUGACAGAAAGCGCUAAUCAGUUGGUUCCCGUUAAGGUUUGAUUGCAGUGUACUUCUGUGUAUUGCAUUCUCACCGAGCGUUCAGGAUAUAUAUCUGAACAUCUGUAUCAACAAACAUAAUGUCUAAUCCAAAUAGCAACACGAUAACUCUCGGCUUGUCUCAAUUGUUUGCUCAG